GGUUGCGGCUGCCGCAACAGCUGAUUUUGAGAAAAUGGCGCUUGCAACGGUGCUUCCCUGCUACGUUGGCGUUUCUCGAAGCAGAUGCAGAAUGGUAGGAGGUGCGAAAUGCGUUUGAAGAGAUGGCGAGUGUGAAUUCCAGCGUCGCUUUCGUUUCUCGAAACGUGCUGUACGUUGGUUGUGCGACGAACUCAACCCCGUCAUCGGGUGCCAACGAACCAGUGGGAUUUCAACAGAGCGGAAGGUGUUGUGCGCGCUGAGAUUUUUUUGCGAUCGGAUGCUUCCAGCGAGCUGUCGGCAGCGAGGAAUUCAUCGGCCUGUCGCAGUCGUCCGUCAGGAACACGCCAUUACUGUUGUCGCGGGCAAAAACGGUGGGUGGCCUUUUCCGGAGACCACAGACUCGAAGAGCGAACAAAGGCGGCGUUCGCGCGGCUCGAGCGGAUUCCCGUUGUGGUCGGGUGCGUGGAUGGUACGCUCAUCGCCAUCCAGAAGCCCCAUGGCCUGAGCUCCGCGGACACGACGCAUUACAUGUCGCGGAAGGGAUUCUACGCAUUCAACACCAUGAUCACAUGUGAUGCCGACCUGUGGAUUCUGGAUGUCAGUCCAUGUUUCCUGGGGUCAUGUCAUGACUCAUGGGUAUGGUGGGGGAGCCCUCUCCGUCAGCACCUGGAAGCAAAACUGCGGCUUGCUUGGAGACUCCAGCUAUCCAUUAGAACCGUGCCUCCUGACACCAUUGCCCGGACGACCAGCUCCGGGCACCCCUGAGAACUACUACAACAAGGCCCACACCGCCAUGCGCACUGUUGUGGAGAGGUGCAGCGGGGUCCUAAAGAGCAGGUUCCAAAGCUUACAGCGUUAUCGGACCUUGCUCUACAAUCCCGAUCGAGCAGCCACCAUCAUUGCUGCUUGUGCAGCUCUGCACGAUAUCGCGUUGGCGGCACAUGAGCCUGUUCUCGAAGGGCAUGAUGACGACACCGACGAUGCUGAGCUGCUGCCAGCAGCAGCUGACCUACCACCACCACCACAACGGGAGCCAGCAGCAGCGCAACCGCGUAGUGAACCUGUUUCGAGGACCACAGGGCCUGCAUGCCGAGCACCUGCGCAGAGUACGCCGCCGCCUGCAACGACCUCGGCAGCAUUGUGUGGUGGCUUCCGCUGCAAUGAGGGCCCGGGCGAGGGUACCAACGCCUUGCAGUUCGUGGACCACGUCACCGAGAAGUUGAACCUGGCACAGCUUUCCAAUGAUGCCUGGCCCUGCCGCCUGGUGUUUGCGGCUAGUAACUCCAGCGCCUUGGCCUGCCGGUUGCCCACAUCUCGCAGCUGCGGCAUGAGCUGGAAACCAAGAAAUGUGUUGCCAUUAUCAUCUAUAAAUUUCCUGCUACCGACUCUUCGCUGGAAACUUAUGUUCGUGAAGAGUUUCAGUGUGUGCAACAAUUUCCUCUCUGUUGAAAAUCCACUGACCCAACGGCAUCCAUGAAUGGUGCUUGGUUCACCGCACAACCAACGCACUUCGUUUGGACAGACCAAAGCGGUGCCGAAAUUCAUUUUCGCUCAUCUCAUCAAACGCAU